AUGACCUCCACACCGCCCCCGCACUUCCCGCCAAGCGUCCAGUACCUCACGACGCCCUCCGCCUCCCCCCUGCUCUCCCCCGCCCACAAAGUCACCUUCUGCUCUCCCUGCCCUCCUUCCUCUCUCCCAAAUCCACCUCCUCGCGUCGCAAUCCGCAAGAUCGAAGACCCAUGUCACCCAGCGCACGGCCAAAGCGGCCUCUUCAACGCCUCGAACAAACCGAUUCCUCGCGGAACUUGGAUCCGAGACUAUCUCGGCUUCGUACAUGCUGAGGCUGAGGCAGACCCGCUUUCGGACUACGACCUCUCGCUCGAGCGGACUGUGGUCGAAGAACUCGACCCAGAGACGGGCGAACUCGUCCAGCGAGUUCAAGUCAUUGGCUGCGACGCGACGAAGAUGGGCAACGAAUCGCGGUUCGUGAACGAUUACCGCGGCAUACCGGGCUUCCAGAGACCCAACGCGGUCUUUGAGCUGAGGGAGUGGGAGGUACCUGGGACGGGAGGGAAGAAGGGCGUGAGAAUGGCUGUGUGGGCGGGCCCGCAUGGGGUUGAGAAGGGCGCGGAGAUAUGUGUGAGCUAUGGGAGGGGGUUUUGGGAGAAGAGGAGGGAGGAGGCGGCCAAGACCGGCGUGUCGGGUGCAGGAGCGAACGGAGCGAGUGCGGACGGAAAGGUGGGCAAGGCCGCUGUUGGAAGGCAGAGAAGGGCAAGGCGCACUCAUGACAAGUCGUGGCUGGGAUGA